UCUUGGUUCUGGUUCUUCCUGGUUCUUUCUUUCAUGUCUUCCUUGUGCCAUUGAUGAGUCCGUCAAAACCAAAUCGAGAGUAGUGGAAAAGAGCAAGACUUUUCUCACACUGUGUUCAUAAAAAAACCGCGUGAGAAAUGUUCUUUCUCCUCAGAUCUCUCCUUUUACCUUAAAAACAAAGUCCGUAACAUUCCCCGCAUUUUCUCUUUCUCUUUCUCUUCCAAGCUUCUCCAAGCGUACAAGCUACUUCUUCUUCUUCCACAAACUCAAACCCAACCCUAAACCAAAAACACUCUUCACCUUCUAUAAAAAUACCACCUUUCUUUAUCUCAGGUCUUGUCUGUUUCAAAGAGUUCAAUUGCAAUUUCCAGGUUCACAAAAUUUAAGCAAUUUCGUUCAUUAAUAAGAUAAUGAUGGGAGGGAAAAGUAGCAAACACAAGAAAGAUGUUGAGUUUGGUUCACCGUCGACGCCUGUACAGAUCAAGAUAAACUCAGAGUACACUGAGCAUUUGAGCUCUUACGAAAGAGCUUGUAGUGAAGAUCCAAAGCUUGAGUCUUUUGACUCUGCGCUUCAUGAACGGACUAAUCGAGUCAUCAACAAGCUUGCUUCUGGAGUUGAGAUUAAGUCUUUGUCGUUUGAUUCGCUUAGAGAAGUGACGCAAUGUCUUUUAGAUAUGAAUCAAGAUGUGGUCAAAGUUAUAUUGCAGGACAAAGAGGAUAUAUGGAACAAUCAUGAUUUGUUCUCUCUUGUGAAUUUGUAUUUUGAAAGCACUUUAAAGACUAUGGAUUUCUGUUCUGAGCUUGAGAAUUGUCUUAACCGCGCGAGGAGGAGCCAAGUGGUUAUUCAGUUUGCUGUUAAGCAGUUUGAGGAAGAGUCCGAGAUACCGGUUAAUGGGGAUAACGAGAACAGGAAGUAUGAGAAGACACUUGAGGAGCUUAAGAAGUUUACAGAUUUGGGUGAGCCGUUCACGAAAAGGUUCUUUGCUCUGUUCGAUUUGGUAUACAAAAAACAGGUCUUGAUGCUUGAGGAGCUUCAUAAGCUAAAGAGAAAACUUGAUAAGAGACUUGGGAAUAUCAAAACAUGGCGAAGAGUAUCGAACAUGGUGUUUGUGACUGCGUUUGUUUCUGUGCUUAUCUUCUCGGUAGUUGCAGCCGCUGUGGCUGCUCCACCUGUUGUGGCAGCUAUUGCUGGUGCAUUAGCUGUUCCAGUGGGGUCUGUUGGGAAAUGGUGCAACACUCUGUGGACAAAAUAUGAGAAAGUGGUUAGAGGGCAGAAGGAGAUCAUUACAUCGAUUAGAAUCGGGACUUACAUAUCGGUUAAGGAGAUGGAUAAUAUAAGUAUCCUUGUGCGUAAAGUGGAAGUAGAGAUUGAAUCUUUGUUGAAGAAAGCUGAGUUUGCUGUCACAGAGGAGAAAGUGGUGAGGAUCGCGAUAGAUGAGAUCAAGAAGAAGCUCGAUGUGUUUACUGACACCAUUGAAGAACUUGGGAAACAUGCGGAUAAGUAUUGUAGCGAUGUGACAAAGGCAAGAACCGUGAUUCUGCAGAGGAUUAUCCGAUACCCUACUGGUUCUACGAGUGAAGAAGCUACCUGGACGGAGAUGUUGUCGUGAGAAGGCGGAUUCGGAUUCAUGUUUGGCUUUGAAGAUUGUUGGUUUGUUUUCUUUAGCACAAGUAUCAUGAAAGGCUAAGGAUUAUCUUGAUGUUAUUUAGUUGCCUUGAGGUAACACCUUUGCUCAAUACAUUAACUUAAAGAGAGAUACUUGUAAGGUUCUAUGCCAUUUAUUUUGGCUUUCCUUUAAAAAUAUUAAUCAGUCUUGUAUGUUUAUAAAUGAAUGUCUCUGUGGUUUUAAGUCAAA